AGAUGACUUGAUUUGUUGACAAGAGACGUUUCCGGUGACAUGUAAGACAACCGAAGAGAAUUCCUUGUGUAUUGUUGAUAAAGCAACACAUGACCAUGAAAUGAGGAAUGGCCCUGUGUAUUUUUGCAAGCAGCUUGCUUAUCAUAUUUAUGUGAGAUUUUCGAAGAGGGAGAUGGGUUUGCAGACAGCAGUGCAAAGUGCUCUGGUUGCCUUCAAUUCUCUUGGCAGAUCCAGGAAACUGUUGAUGGUCAUCGUCCUCAUCCUAGGCCUCAUUUACUACCUGGUGCCCUAUUUCUUUCACCUGGACAGACGGAAAGCGAUUCAAGUCGAUAGUGCAACAGAAUGCCUCAACCAGAACUUGGCUCAGUUUCAGUCAAGGCUAGAUCAUUUUGACGCUUUCGUCUCCGGGGAUUUCGAAGAGACUAUCUCUGGAGCUCAGAGACUUGCUUAUGUUGGUAAUGGAAAAAUAGCUGCUGCAUUGGGUUCUGACAAUGGCCUGUACAUCCGUCUUUACCGGGCCCUGUCUCAGCCUGUCAAGUUUUGGCCCAUUGUGCAGACACAUCUUGAGGGGCAUUUCAAAGCUUCUACUGUCCUUGACGUGAGGGCUGGUUUGGCUUACAAGACUCAGGUCCUUUCCACGAUUGGAGGCUGUGUGAGUGUGGGGUCCCAGGUGUAUGCUCACCGGUCACGACCUAGUUUGCUAGUGCAGGACAUCAGAGUGCAAAACCCAACGUCGACACCAAUCUCCAUUGAGUUUGAUCAGGUUGGAGCCUCAGGCUGGGAUGGUGUCAAGAUUGAAUCUGGCAGUUCCAAGAAUUCGGCUGGUCAGUCGGUCAGCUUCCAGAUCUACUCUGGGACAGUGGAAGUCACCAAGUCCGAGCUUGUAGUUGCGAUUGCAAUAGCCACUGUCUCUGUUGGGAAAAAUAUGGUGAAAGUUGAUGCUCAGAGCACUAGUCGCUUCCAUAUCUUAACUGCGGUCCAGUACACUCACCCUCUAUCAGCCAAAGAGGCACCGAGGUACCUGGCCGAUCUGGUGCUUCAGGUCAAGGGGGAUCUGGAGAAGUCUUUGCAGAUCAACGAGAAACUGUUGAGACAGGAGCACACAAAAGUCUGGGGAAUGCUUUGGUUCAGCGGCUUCUCCAUCAGCCACUCCAAAGCCAGCGGGGCGCUGAACGGCGACCGCAUCAACAAGACCUUCUACCACGUGCUGAGCAACGCGCCAGCCCCCCUGCACGACGUGGCCACCACGGCCCAGCAGCGAGUGGAGGUGCAGAAGGUGCUCUACUUCCCCGACCGCUGUUACGGAGGAGGGCAUUCCUCUCUUGUGGCUGACACUCUAUGGAUCGACCCGGAGGACGAAUCUCAAGUAGCCAGGGUUGUUACCACCUGGAUGAUCACACUAGAGAAGCAAGGGUGUAUGUCCAUGGUACAGGCAGGAGCGGAGGGGAUCCUACAAGCCAUGAUCUUGAGCCUGGGUCCACUUCAGUUCAAGGACCACCACCUGGAGAUGGCCUCCAAGCCGAGUGACCUUCACCGUGACCUUCACUUCCGCCGCAUCAACUACGGCAACAACACCCACGUCAACAUCUCGGUGAUGGUGGGCGAGGACAACAAGGCCAUUUUGUUCGCUGCCCUGGACAGGAACGACAAGCCCUACUACGCCUGCGACGCCGGUUGCCUCGACCCUCCGGUUCCACUUAGCAAUGCUCUGCACCAGUUCCCGGUCAAACUGACCGAUCCUCUGACAUCCAUCUUGUACAUCACCUCGGACAAACAGCAUAUGGAGGAACUGAAGCAUGCCAUUCAUGUCAGGGAAAUCAACCUAGCCCCGCCCCACGAGCACCACGUCCUGGCCUUACACAAGCAUGGCCACCACUUUGGCGGGCUGCCCACCAUCUUCUGGGUGUCCAUUGCCUUCCUCAUCGUCGUCUUUCACCUUUUCCUCUUCAAGCUCAUCUACAACGAGUACUGCCAGGGACAGGAGCGGUUCACCCGCUCACGGUACAACUUGUAGCACCGGCUGCUGCUUGAUGAUCGUCAUGUACAACCCGCCUCCCCGACCCGACCCAACCCAACCCCACUCCAUCCCACCCCGACCUGCUCACACUGAUUUAAGUGUGUGACUGAAGGUGUUGAAUUUUUGGUUGCCUACAACUAGAUGGUGGGAUGGUUUGAGGAGGGAAUGAGGGAAAGCGUUGACCUCAUGUCAACCUAUUCUAUUGACCAGUGGGAUAGUUUGAGGCGGCAUCUGGGUGUUGUCUGGUACGAAGUCACUCUCCACUGAUUAGUAGAUUGAUUUGAGAAGGUUUUGUGAAGAUUGAGUACAUACAUUGAAGACAUAAUAUCCGACAGUGGUCUACAAUUUUAUGAAAUAAUUUACCAAAGCAGAGACUGGGGAAGAUUGAGGCCUGUUGUGGCAGGGAGUGGGACAUCAAUGAACACGGCUAUUGUGAAUGAUGACAGGAGAUGUGAAGUACAGUGGCUGCUGGUCACACACCACUUACCGAUUGGGUAGUUUGAGAAGAGAUUAGUCUUGGCUGUGUGGCCGGUCUCUCAGCACUAAGAUGAGUGGUUUGCUAGCUAGUCAUUCAGUACUGGCCGUUGAGUGAUAGCGGAGGGAGGGGGCUUGCGGAGAGGAUGCAAAGUGGUUUGCUCCCGUGUUGCCCAGCCCAGGCUCUCAGGUUUACUGAGUGAGGGGAUGGGUGGUGGCUUCACUCUUACUUGUAGCACAGGGUCAACUUCUCAACCCAGAUGACUAACUGGUUAUGGAGUUGAUUUUAGGAGGGGAUACGAUUCGGUUUGAUGUCACUGUUAAAAAAUAGUACUUUUUUAACGUGGUUCUGUCUUUGGGUGCUGUGUAACGAUUUAAUUAAUGUCAGACAUAGGUUACCUUUAAAAAAGAAAGUAGAUUUAUUCAUCUUGGCAACAAUGGCAAUGUACUUGAAAAGGACUUUUAAAAUUCACUUCUGGUAUUUCAUCCUAUUUUCACACUCCCUCCCACUUUCAAAAAUAGUGCUAUUGUAACUCUAUGUUACAAAUUUUGCAGCGUUAUUGCUGAACAUUUCUGACAGGAUUUGUGGUAGAGUGGAUGGACAUUUUGUUGUUGUUGCGAUGUAUAAGUGUGAAAGGUAAAAUUUGUGCUGUACCUUAUUUAACUGUUUACUGGUGCAGAAUAAGGAAAAGUAUGCUUAUGUGUGUGUUUGUAGGAUAAUGGUUUCUGUGGUACUGAUUUCAAUUCCACAGAAGGAAUGAGUAAAGUGAGAGUGAAAGAAGAAGUGACUCUAUAAGGAAUGAUAUAUGCAGAAAGAAAGAGCUGAUGUGUUUUUAUAUGUACCUGUGUACUUUGUCUGAAGAGGAAUUUGUGUUUGGACCUGUAGCGGUCGUGUAGUGGCCGGGAGAUAUGACUAAUGUUACAUUUACGUUAUGUUAUAACUUUCAGAAUUCGCAACGAUAGUAUUUCUAUACGGAGACAGCUUGGUUCUCAUUCCCAUGACUUACAACAGAAUAAACAGAACGCAUUUUUUUCUUCGUUAUGAUGUGUGUUUUGAGGUGUACAUGUUGACGUUUUAUUUAUCAAAUGGAAUGUAGAAUGUAGUUAUUUCAAGAGACUCAAAGAUAUGUAUGGUGGUGUGCUCCUUGGUAUUCCUUGCUUCAAAAGUUGCUGGUAAUGUGGGUUGUUCACCUAUUCACUAACAAAAAUAGAACUGUAAGGUAGUGAAUUUUUUAAAAGCAUUACGGACUCAUGAAGCCAUGCUUACAAACUGUUUUUAACUCUAAAGAACAUGAUGGAAACAUAUAAAUUUAUGUCUACUGUGAUUAACUGUUUUAGGACAUAACAAACACAUAUGAAGACAUGCUUACAGUAAUUAACUCUUUAAGGUAAGAGAAAACACAUACGAAGUUAUAUACGCGUUAAGUGCCCCUAAACACAACGUCUUCAAAAGUUGUCGAAUGAUGAGAAUGAACAUCCUCAAUGGAGUAAAGAAUAGCUCAGGAUAAAUCUUUUGGCUGAAGUAGGCAGAUUCUUGAACUACUUUGUACACUGAUUGAUAGGUGUUUGUAAAGACACGAUUUUGAUUGGGUGAGAACUAUUUUAUUACAAAAGCUAUUUCUUGAACACAUAUGCAUAUGUCAUAUUUUGCACGUAAAUAUUCAGAACAUACACGAAAAUAAAAAAAUAAUUUAUAUACACUUAAUCUAUUCACAUAACUCUAAGAACGUAAUAAAUGAUACACAAGCAGAAAUUAGAAUCAUGUUAAGGUUCAUGGAAAAAUAAUGUUCUUAUUGUCAUACUCUGUCGAGUGAUGGGUUGACGUCAUAUUUGAUAGUUUUGAUGCUCUUGAAUGACAGAACGGAAUGAAAUUGAGGUUUGAAUUGGAGUACUCAGGUCUUCAUCCUUUUGUUUGAAAUGUUUUUUUGAAUGUGCUAUGAAGUUUGAGAGAAUGAAAAUUUGUUUUGUGGGAAUGUUGUCAGAUAUCCGUGUGGAAAACAUAUUCCAGUCGAUGACGAUGCAUCAUGAGUUUGGUGUUUACUCCUUAUUAUUUCUGAUGUCUAUUUUUCUUUGUAAUCGUUAUUAUGUUGGUUUUACGUUGUGGGUGAUGAGCACGAGAAAGAGUAAAGUAAUGACGGUAUUCCGGUAUGCAAAAGUCGGGAACAUUUUGAUGAUAAUGUAACCUUUCUACAUUUUGUGAAAUGCAUUGUAUAUAGGUGACAUAUCGGUUUGAAAAUCCUCUAUGGAAGGGGCUUUUGUCAAUUUGUGUAGGGUCAAAUUGCGCUGUUGUAUUACAUUGCUUUUGAAUGAGCGUGCAGACUUUUUGAGUGGGCUGUUCCAUGAGGAAGCAAAAGCCUGACUGUGAAGUAAUUGAGACAGGAUGAUGACACAAGCUCAUGUUAUACAAAUGGAUUGUUAGUAAAGUUGAUGUUACAGAGUUAUCUCCAGACCUUUCCAUCUUUGUUAGUGAAAUGUCACACGUUAUGGUAAUGUUUUAGGGUUUCAAUUCUAUUUGUAGAAAUGCAUAUUUAUUUCCAUUGCCUUAGUUGUGUAUUGCUUACGUAGAUACAUACAGUGUUGAACUGUUGAGACUCCGGAAAGUCAAAAUAUGAUUGAGGAUGUGGGGUUUGUAGGGGUUGAUGUAAUAUUGAGGACAGGUAGCAGUUACAAGAUACCUUGUGGUUUUUUUGUUUUUUUUAAUGUAAUGAGACCUCAUUGAAUAUGUGCGCCCUGAUUUUUUAUUGAAUCUAGGAGGGGGCUUUAUCUUACAAUUCUGGUCAAUGUAACCAUUGUCAUCGUUAUUAUCAUUGUCACAGCACUUCUCUUUGUUGUGUAUUUGGACAUUAUCAUUGUACUUGUCAUCUUUGUUAGACCCAUCACUAUUGUCAUCAAUAUCAUCUCAUCAUUCACCCUGUCACCACUACCAUCAUCAUUAUCAUCAUUAUAUCAUCAUCUUCAUCAUCAUCAUCAUCAUCAUCAUCAUCAUAGCAAAUGUACAGUAGAAAAAAAACUUAUGGAGACUUGGAUUUUUCGGAGAAUUUUCUUUUAUGGUUUAAAAAAAAAUAUAGUGCAACAUUUUGCCCAUCAUUAUCAUCAUUAUCUCGACCACUGUCAUCCCCAGCAUAUAAAUUAUGAUAACCAUGUGAUUUAAACUGUGAUGUAGCAUGUAGGUUCUCGAAGAACUACUGCUUUGAUUUACCAAGGAUUUGUUUUCUUCGCACCCGUCCCUUUUUGCGAUUCUGGAAUUUUGCUCUUUUCUUUUUGUGAUCCACAGCUCAGCGUUGUGGUAUCAGAGAUUAAGAAUGCUUUCUUUUGUUUUUUGUUGUUUUUAAAUUUCUCUUUGAUCUCAUCUUAAAAAUUAUAAUGAUUUUUGUGAGUAGGCCACUAAUUUAAUAUCCUAUUUCGCUGGAAUUUUUUUAUUUUUUUUUGGAAAAAUGUUCUUUAAAGUGUUGCACUACCAAAAAGACCCGAUAAAACUGAAGGCACUGAAAUUCAACAACUUACAAAUAUUACUGUGCAUAAUCUUGUCGUUAAAACCCAGUGCAAAAAUUUCCACGUGAAGGAAACUUGCUGUGAUUCCAAACUGAAAAUUCUUUUACCACAGACAGUGCUUGCUAUUUGUGCAGGUUUACCGCAUUGCUUUUCAUCCCUAAAAACGUUUGUGUCAUCCAGAGUGAGGUCUGCCAUCAUCCAAACUUUUUGAUGAAUCAAAAGAACAUAAAAAAAAAAAAAAUGUUAGAUUACGUACUAGACAUCUUCCACUGAAAUUUCCCGGUUAUUGUUUUAUCCAGAAAGUAUAGGAGAAACUCUCCGCCUAGUUUUACAGUUUUUCUUUGCCCUCUACCUUUAAGGCUUUGCAUUUUCUUUCUUCUUGGCAUUGUAAUAAAAUGGUGGAAUCUUACUAGAUCUGGAAGAAAUGCCCUUACUCAAUUGUUGUAUCUUUUUCAUUUGUUUCCUCAGUUCAACCGUUUCUUUCUCUUUAAUUCAUUUAUAUCUUUACUGUUACGCUGGAACAGAAGUUUUGCUUUCUUUAUUUUGUAAAAAAUUACUUUCAAAGGGCUUUUUUUGUGGGUGUUACAGAUACGAAAGACACUGAGGCUCUUUGUCAGAGGUCUGUUGUCUCUAAGUUUGUAUAUAUAUACAUACUCUUGUCUUUUUUUCAUCGUGGUUCAUUGUGUGUGAAAUGUACUCUGCUUGAGGAGCCCAAAUUUUAGAUAUGAGAAAAUGAUAUGAAUCAAUUUUUUAGAAUUAGACAGAAAACUUAACCUCACCAAGCUGAUUUUUUGUAAACUAUACGCUUCAUAUAGAUGCUAGAACAUGUUUCUUGAAAUAGAGACCAUCUGGAUUUAUGUUUACAGUGUGCUUUAUAGAGGUGCUGUUAUUUGGCAGGCAGUGUCAGGUAGCUGUCUUAUGGGACACUCAUUAUCACCUUUUGGUGUUAGACGUGUUCAUCUGAUAUUAUUUGUUGAUAAUGAUGGAAAUGAACAUGUCUUUUCCCUUAAUGUAUAAAAACUUUUGGCUGUCCUUAUGUUAUGAUGUCAUUCCACAAUUAUUUGCGGGUGGUUGGAGAGCGCCACUGGUAGGUCCUACUUCUUUACUUUUCCUCUGUUGUUCUGUCUGUCCACCUUACUUCUUCCCAGCACUAAAUGACCAUUAUUGUGACAAUGCGCUUCUUUUUACUCAAACAAACCCUUUUUUGGGGGGAUGGGGGGUGACUUUGUGUUGUUGGUUUGUUUUUUUUGUGUGUUUUUUUUAAAAAUAGUGAUUUCUAUAACAACGCUCAGCAAGAUGCAUUGCAAAUCGUUUUAAAAAAACAGCACCCAAUCCACCAAAAGAGCACGUGCUCAGAAGAAAUCUAAAAUCUUUUCCUUAUAUUUAUACCCUGAGUUACUGUGUGUGGGCCUGAUUCACCAACCAACGUUUUGCUGGUUACUUGUUUCUGUCUGAAGAUUGUUGUCGGAUCAAAGAAAAAAUGUAUAAAUUAAGUCGAGUGAAUUACUGAAUGUUUAUCUUGGCUGACCUCUGUCCAUAGUAAGGGUCAAAGUACUCAUAAUUUGUUAAGUACAUAGGGCUUACUUUUUCGGAGGUCUCGUGUGCAAGUUACGCAUAUUUAAGAUCCUUUGAUGGUCCUAAAAUUAAUAAGAGUAGGCUUCCGCCGCCACCCGUGUAAAAUUCAAAAUUAAUUCCUACCGAACUGAAAUAGCUCAAUGUGUCUCGCGCGCUCAUACGCCCUUUGGCAAUUGCCAGCGCCGUUAGAUUCUUUCCCGAAAAAAGGGCUUAUUUUUUGGCAUGGAUGUACAUUUGAAAACAUUUAUUGUUAUUAAUAUUGUUAUUAUUACUAUUACUUCUUUCCAUUUUAUUUUUUUCCACUCAUGUUCUGUUUAAGAGGGAUGGAGGAUGCAUUUGGUUUCUUCAGUCUGUGCUCGGAGUCAUGUGUCUAGUUUGACUUUUUCUUUAACUUAUCCUGGAUCUUUUACAUUGUAGAUUUAUAUGAAGCUGUAUUUUUUUUUUCUUUUCAAGGUGUUACUAUUAGUAUUAGAAUCCUUUUUCAGAUAUGUAGGAAACUUGUUUGCCCACAAGUUUGUUUUGCUUUGAUUUAUUUAGCUACUCUGUCUGGUAUAUUUAGAUUCUCUGAUAAUAUGGUGAUGUACUUGUAUUAACAUGUAAACACUAUGCAUGAUUGUCUCUGAUUUUGUUAUUCAUAAUGGAUAGUUGGCGGAUGCUCUGGUAUGAUUUGCUUGUUCUUAUGAAAUAUCUAAUGUCCUUAUCUUUUCUUUCUUUUCUUUCUAUGUUACUCUCUCGAAACACCUUCUAAGCUUCUGCACUUAUAUAUGACCUAUUUGAGUAGUUCUGUUGCAAGUGCUGUGAAAGUCUAACUAAAAACUAAACUGACACUCAUAAUCUGAUAUUGCAUAACUGUUACUACUGUGUAGUACAAUAUACAUGCACAAUAAAGGUUUCUGGGUCCUGAGGUGCUGCUAUUACAAUUAGUACUGCCCUCUCAUGAUGGGUGAUGCAGACCUAUCGUGGGUUGUAGCAUUUGUAGCAUUUUUUAAAUUGCUCAGGACGACCACACAAUGUCAAGGAAAAAAUGGUUAACUACUCAAAUAUACAGUCGAAAUUGUCCAAGAUGGGGCACCUGUUAUUGAGGAGAAAAGUGGUUGAUUUAAACAGGCGGAUGUCUUGGAAAUGUCACUGUAUUAUUAUAGAAAAAAUUCAGAGGGGGGGGGGGGGAUUUGUACAGGUGUUGUAGGAGUCCAGGAACGACAGGAAGUCCCCUGAACAUUUUAUAGUCACUCUUGAGCAUAUCGGCACUGUACUGCUGGCUGUUUGACUAUAAAGUGUUAAAAAAAACCCAACAAAUCAACUUUGAGCUGUUCCUUGUCUAGGUCUGUAAAAAUCUCAAAGUCCCUAUUUUGAAUUCACAGCCUCCCCACAAUAGAACAUGUUUUUUUAAUGAAAGUAGUAAUAAUCGGAAAGUAGUAAACAGAUUUCAAGAAUGGUUGUUAUCCCAAUGGCUUCCUCUCCUCUGGCUUUCACCUCCCCCUAUCAUCACUUAGUGGUUGCAGUAAUUAUGUAUUGUUUUAUAUAAUACUAGCCUCCCUACCCGUUCUAUGAACGAGAAAAUAAUGUUGUCUAGACAAAAAUUAAUUUUGCGAUGUAGCUAGAUAAAAAUGUCAAUGCUGCAGUAAUUUAAAGUUAUUUGAUUAAAACAGGAUGGUUCUAUUCUGUACCUGAGCAAAAAUGAUUUUUCAAAAGUGAAACUCUCUUAAGACUGCUGUGUAUCAUCCAAAACCUCUGGAUAUACAUCAGUAUCAGGUUGAUCUUCUUCCUCUUCAUUUAGAUAUCUACUUCAUGUUUUUCUUCCCCCUCUGUAUUUUCUGUGUUCACACUUGGUCUAGAUUCUAGGUUUAGAUCUACUCUGCCUUUGUCUCUUAGCCACAGGUGUCAUUCGUCCAAUGGCUCGCCGUUUGGGUGGCAUAGUGAUUUCAUUCUCAUCUAAAUUCUAGAUCUAGAUAGAUCUAACACACACACACACACACACAUGAUAUACUGUCUUCGUCUCGUAGCCACAGGGCCACAGCACAGCCUCUAAAUUAAAAUCUAUCACAGACUUAGACACAGCACAGGUGCCAAUCAUAAUCAGACCUGCCGUUUGGUGGCAUAGUAUCUCUAGAUCUAGAUCUGUCACCUCUUCUAAGUCUAACUACCACAGAAAAGUAACUCUCUGUAAGCGAUCCCCAACGUCUCAACUGUAGGUGCCCAAAGAAAAUUUGUUUAUUUCGGGCAGAAGAGCGAUUUUUAUAUCAUGUAAAACGAAAUGUGUCUUGAACGCUGCAUUGAAAUGACGAAUGGAAAAAUCGUGAACAGCCGAUAGUGUUUUCUAUUUUUCUAAAAUUUUUAUGCGAAUGCAAGCACUUACUGAAGUGAUAGAAACUUACCUUGUUCUGUGAACUACGUUCAUUAAACUUUUCAUGGUUUUACGUUCCCUAUUUUUUUCCAGCUAUAGAAAACAGCCAUCCACAUGUAUGCAAUGAUGUAUGUAUAUAUAUAUAUAUAUAUAUAUAUAUAUAUAUAUAUAUAUAUAUAUAUUAUAUAUAGUUAUGGAGUUCAUAGUGGUGUUAGGUUGCUUUUCCUAACAUGCGUUUCAUGUUCUUGACUUGGAUUUCCUUUAUUUUUUCCUCUCAUCUUUGUUUCAUUUUAAUUAUUUUUCUGGUUGAUUAUUGGAGAUUACAAGCUCAAAAGUGGAUUAUGUCUAAUUUUUGUGUGGUGUGCAUGUAUGAACAUAUGACUGCUUGUGUGUAUGUGUGUGCUCAUUCUCUCCAGUUUUUUUUAUAUAAUAACUAUGUCAGAAGACGUGCCAAAUCCACCGUUGCUAGUGUUGCGAACUUGUUGUUACUUGUUGAAACACCCACCAUUACCUGUAAUUUGGUUAUCAAGAGUAGUAUGUUUUGGCAAUUUGCAUGAAAGGCAUGAAAUAGGAAAUGUUUAUUUACUUUUCUGGCCCGAAUCUGAGACUUAUGAUAUAAAAUAAGAUCUACUCUCAGCAGCUAAGACAGACAUGCAGAGAAGACGACUUUUUAUGUAAAAGGUGAAAGUGAGAGAAAAAAAUUCUGCUCAUUUGUACCUGUGGAAGUCUGAUUGGAGUCCUCAAAGCCUAGCCCAAGUAUUGUGAAAGAAAUGUGAGAGCACUAUCCAUAUCCAAGUGGACAUUCACAAAAAUGCUUAGUUCAGGACUUGAACGUUCAUGAUCUCAUCAUAAGUCUUGCUUUUGUAGCCAACAGCCUGAGGUGCUUUGAGAGGCUUAAAAAGUCCAGAACUUAACAUUCAUCCACAGGCUAAUGUAAGGAUCUCUGAUCUCGGUAAACUGAACCAAGCUCUUGUGAACAGCUAAGGUACAAUUACUACUAAAAAGAAGUAUUUUACUAUAAAAGGCCUGUAGUUAAUUUGUUUAUUACAGCACUCUUUGUUUUUCUGGAGCUACCUUUUUGGAAUAAGGUUUUUGAUGAUUUGGGCAGGAUUAAAACAGUAAAGAGGAUUGAAAAAAUCUGCAGUUUUUGUACUUUCCUGGUAGGAUUGUAGGAAUAGGAACAGAAUACGUCUUUUUUUAUAUAUGCUUGAAAUGAUGAGAGGUGUUAUUUACUUUUGUCUGAUACUUUAUGCCCUUGGAGUAUGUGAGGCAGGAUUCUUACGAUGGUGAUAACAAUUUCUCCUAACUCUUGCAUAAAAAUGUGAGCUCAGGAAAACAUUUUGCAAUGGCCUGCGAUGUGUGUCCUAAACACUGUGUGGUUAUGUGCACCAUUUUUCCAAACUUGAAUGUGUCCAACUGUGUGCAUGUGUGUGUCUAUAUUUUGUUUAUGUACAACAUUGUAUUCUCAACAUGAAUAUGGGAGAAAAUUAAACUUAUCAGGUUUCCAUA